AUGGAUCUCAUUCCAAGUGCUUUUGUGGCACGCCCGCUGAAGAUUGUGGUUAUCGGUGCUGGUAUUUCAGGAAUCCAAUUCGCACAUGACGCGACCACAUCAUUAUCAGGUAUCGAUCUCGAAAUAUAUGACAGAAAUCCUUCCCUUGGGGGUACAUGGUAUGAAAAUCGAUAUCCUGGAUGCACAUGCGAUCUACCUUCCCAUACUUACCAGUUUAAUUGGGCACCCAAUCCCUCAUGGUCAUCGCUUUAUCCUCCGGCUCCGGAAAUUCACAAAUACCUGGAGGAUGUGGCCGACAGGCACAAUCUCCGCCGCUUCAUGACGUUUAACACCAAAUGCAUCUUGGCGCAAUGGAAUGAAUACUCCUCAAAAUGGAAAGUUGUUCUCUGCAACGUGGUUUGCGGCGAAGAAAAGACCGUCUUUGCUGAUGUCUUUGUCUAUGCCGUCGGACGGUUGAACAACUACAAAUUCCCUAAGAUUGAGGGCCAGAAAAACUUCCGAGGAAUCCAAGUGCACACUGCAAACUGGCCAGCUGACAUGACUGUCAAGGAUAAGCGGGUGAUUGUGGUUGGGAAUGGUGCAAGCGCCAUUCAGUGCGUGGCAGCUUUGCAGCCAGUUGUUUCGCAAAUAAUAAACAUUGCGCGAGGCCCAACGUGGAUUCUCCCACAUGCAUUGGCUGAAGAUGGUACCAUCCAGCGCGAAUACUCCACCGAACAGAAGCAGGCUCUCCAAGCUUACCCUAUGCGCUAUUAUGACUUUUGCAUCUCAUUAGAGCAGAGACUUGCCGCAAGUUUCAUGGGACUAUGGAGAGAGACCAACUCUCAAGCCAAUUUCACAUUAUUGGCACAUUUAUUCAUGAAGUCCAAAAUUACAAGCCCCGAUCUUUUGGAUGCACUCCUACCAGAAUUCGAAGCUGGGUCGCUUUACGCCCGGGGCCUCAUCACUGAAUCCGGAGCGGAUUACGAGUGCGACAUACUGGUAUACGCCACCGGAUUCGAGCCAUACCAGCCACGGUUCCCAGUCGCUGGCCGCGCUGGACGAUCGCUAAGUGAAGACUGGGAUCGCGAGGGGCCUUGCGAGAGCUAUAUGGCUGCGAUGGUCGCUGAGUUCCCUAACUUUUUUGUCUUCAACCCCCCAAUCUGCCCUGUAAAUGGAUCCGCUAUCCCGGGCAUCGAGAGAGCAAGCGACUAUAUGAUUCGAAUCUUAUCACGACUCCAAACAGACAAACUGCGAUCCGUAUCUGUGACGCAGCGGGCUCAACGUGCAUUUAACCAAUGGGUUCAGUCGAGAAUGCCUCACAUGGUCUGGUCAGGCCCAUGCAAAUCAUGGUACAAGAACGACAAUGGAAAGGUGGUUGUUCCCUGGCCCGGUACUGUCCUCCAUUACUAUGCGGCAACCGAGAUUGUCCGUUGGGAAGACUUCGAUCUAGUCUAUGAGAACCCGGAUGAGAAAUAUGCAAGCUUCGGCAAUGGUGUGACAAUUGAUGGAUUCGUGCCCAAUCAUUUCCCCUGGGUUCAUCCCCCCACUGAUAUCCAGAAGCCAGAAAGGAAUGUAGAGCCAGGUUCUUGA